AACGCUCGCGCACACGCACACGCGCCGCCCGCACGAUCGCCGGAUUUUACACAGCAGCGGCGACGGCGCGGAUAUCACACGCUUGAAAUUUUUUUUUUCUUUGCCUUCCUCACUACCGUCUCCCCCACCGGUAGGCCGAUUAUUACAGCCGUCGACGCCGACACCGCCACCGCCGCCGCCGCCGAUAGAAUCCACCGUAGUGCGCAUUCGGUCGCACACACACAAAAAACACGCACACUCACAAGUCGCAGUCACCGACAUCGUUCGGACGGUGCGGAGGAGGAGGCAGUGGUGAUAUUAACCAGCGAGUAUUAAUUUCGUUUUUUUUUUUUUAUCCCAUUCCGUUUUGUUUUUGUUUACUCGACCGGUGACGGCUGAAAUCAAACCGCGUCCGAACGAUAACGUCGCGCGUGUCGUUUGUCGUAUUUCUUCACUGACACAGAAUCAAGUCGUCUGUCCACCGGGUUUUCCCGUUCGAACGUUUUACCGAUUGACGAACGUCCGUCGUCAGCCAGCCACCCAGUGUUUCGUUCCGGUCGAUCGUUAUGCUAUCUUCUGUGCUACGGAGGUCCGUCUAUUCAUUUUCACCGUCGUAUCCGAGAUUACCUAUAUUUUAUAAUAUAUGAAUAGUUAAAUCAAUACUUUUAAUUUGGCCUAUGAUAUCAGCAAUUAAGAAUUUUUCAACUAAUAUGAAAAUAAACAGAUCAAAAUGACUUCAAGUGAUUUGGCUCAAAAACCAUUUUAUUGCCGUGAAUGGGUAUUCCAAAAAUUAUUACAUUGCUUUGAUCAAAGAAGCAAUUGGAAAACAUGUGGAGCACUACUAGUUGGAGGUGCUGGAUGUGGAAAAACUUCAUUGUGCUGCGAAAUUGUUCAUCCAUCUGGCAGACUACAACGUGCAUUAAACAGAAGACUAUUAGCUUAUCAUUUUUGUCAAGCUCAAAAUAUCAACACAUUAUCGGUCACCCAUUUUAUUCAAAGUUUGGUUUCACAGUUAUCUGAUUCAUUACCUAAGUCAUAUAAAGAAAGAUUAAAAUCUGAUCCAGCAAUACAAGAAUCUUUAUCUCCAAUAAAUAUAGUAAAAGAUGCUGAUGAUGCAUUUAAAAAAGCUGUUGUAUUUCCACUAAUUGAUCUUGAACUACCAAAACAUACAAUGUUUCUUUUAGUUGAUUCAGUUGAUGAAGGAUUAUGUACAAAUGAUAGAUCUGAUCCAAAGUUUAAGAAUAAUUCAAGCAAAACUAUUACAGAGCUAUUAGCUACUCAUCAUCAUUUAUUUCCUCAAUGGUUGAUGCUUAUUUGUACAACACGUAGACAAAAUAAAAAUAUUGCUCGUAUGUUCUCUGGUUUUCGUAAAAUUUGCAUAGAUGAUCUCCGUAAAUCACAAGUAGUUAGAGAUAUACAACAGUACAUAUUGAGCCGUUUGGAAUCUGAGGAAUCUUUACGUCAACAUAUGAGUAGAGAUACAGCUGAAAUGUUAAAUCAAUUACAUAUAAAAAGUAAUGGUUGUUUUCUUUACUUGGAAAGAGUAUUAGAUGGAAUAUCUGACGGAUGUGUAGUCUUGAGGGAAAUUAAAGAUAUUCCCGGAACUCUUAAUGGACUGUAUUUAUGGUUUUGUCAGAGGCUUUUGAAUUCAAAACAUUUUUCAAAAGUGCGGCCUUUAUUAAAUGUUAUUUUAGCGUCCCCCGAACCUCUAUCAGAAGAACAAUUAAGUAGUAUUAUACAUUCUGUAUACCAAUACAUGACUGCUGAAGAAUUUCACAAACGAUUUAGCUUAUUAAGAAGAAUAUUUUCAUUACCAAGAGAUUCAAAAGUAAUACAAUUUCACCACAGUUUUGGAGAAUGGUUCCUAGAUGUCAAACAUUGUACUAGAAGGUUUUUAUGUUCUGCUAAUGAAGGACACGCUAUGAUUGCUUUUCAUUAUACACUUAGAUGUUCAAAACCCCCUGGGUAUGAAGAAACUCAUAAAUUAGCUUACCAUCUAUCAAGAGUAAAUCCAUUACCAGUCUGGACAAAUUUUUCUGACACAAAUUUAUUGCCAUUACUAUGGUUAAUUGAUAGUGGAGCACAAAUUUCUGAUAGUAUGACAAUUCCUUGUUAUGAUAGAAAAACUGUUAAUUUUUUGGAAGGAGCUAGUAAUUGUUUUAAAUCAGAUGUCGAUCUAAAAUCUAAUAAGUUUGAAACAAAUUUUGGAUUAGUGUCAUCACCAAAAUCUGAAAAAAAUUUAGCAGUUUAUUCAAAUACUUUAUUACCGUCAAAUUUAUAUGAAGUAGAUAUCAAUGGUAGAAAUACUUUACAUUUGCUUGCAAUGGAUGGAAAUUUAAAUGUUCUUCGAGAUUUAUUAAAAACUCAUUCAGAUAUAAAUUUAGAAGUGAAUGACAAUAAUGGACAAACACCACUUAAUAUAGCUGCGCGUCAUGGUUAUCUUGAAGUUGUAGAGCUUCUAUUAAAAUAUAACUGUAAAAUAGAUCAUGCAGAUGUUGAAGGAUGGACUGCUUUAAGAGCUGCUGCAUGGGGUGGUCACUCACAAGUGGUGGAGUUAUUACUUAAACAUGGAGCCGAUGUAGAAUGUUCUGAUUGUGAAGGGCGUGGAGCAUUACGUGCUGCAGCCUGGGGAGGUCACAAUGAUGUUGUUAUAAAAUUACUAGAAGCCGGUGCAAACCCUAAUACUACUGAUGGUGAUGGUAGAACUCCAUUGAUUGCUGCAGCAUAUAUGGGCCAUGCACAUAUAGUAGGAAAAUUAUUGGAUAAUGGUGCGAAUAUCAAUCAUCAAGAUAGUGAUGGCCGUACUGCUUUGAGUGUUGCUGCUUUAUGUGCACCCACUAAUGGAGGAUAUGCCAAGGUUGUCACUUUGUUGUUGGAAUCUGGAGCUUUUGUUGAUCAUGAAGAUAAAGAUGGAAUGACACCAUUACUUGUUGCCGCAUUCGAAGGCCAUAGAGACGUUUGCGAAAUUUUAUUAGAAGCAGAAGCUGAUGUAGACCAUUGUGAUAAAUUAGGUAGAACGCCUUUAUGGGCUGCUGCAUCAAUGGGACAUCCUGCAUGUGUUUCACUUUUACUUUUUUGGGGUUGUUAUGUGGACAGCAUAGAUAAUGAAGGACGUACUGUACUCAGUGUGUCUGCAGCUCAAGGGAACAAUGUUGUAGUAUCACAACUACUAGAUAGAGGUCUUGAUGAACAACAUAGAGAUAAUUCUGGUUGGACUCCAUUACAUUAUGCUGCUUUCGAAGGUCAUCAGGUUGUUUGCAGAACAUUGUUGGAGAGUGGGGCAAAAAUUGAUCAAACUGAUAAUGAUGGUAAACCACCACUAAUGUUAGCAGCUGAAGAAGGGCAUUCAGAUUUAGUAAGUGAAUUUUUAAAAAACUAUGGAGCCCCUCCAGAUCAGAAAGCUCAUGAUGGAAGAACUGCUUUAAGAUUGGCUGCAUUAGAAGGUCAUAUUGAAGUAGUUAGAAGUCUUGUAGAACAUGGAGUUGACGUGAACAAAAAAGAUGCUGAUGGUCGAAGUACUCUUUAUGUCCUAGCUCUUGAAAAUCAUUUAGCAAUGGCUAAAUUUUUUAUUGAUCCCGGUGGAGCAGAUGUUGAAAGCACAGAUUCUGAAGGCCGAACUGCUUUACAUGUUAGUUGUUGGCAAGGUCAUUGUGAAAUGGUAUCAUUAUUAUUAAAACUUGGAAAAGCAAAUUUAAAUGCAACUGAUAAUGAAAAUAGAACACCUCUUCACUUAGCUGCAUGGCAAGGACAUUCUGUCAUUGUCCGAUUAUUAAUUGAACAUGGAGCCAAUGUUAAUCAUGCGUGCAAUCAAGGAGCAACAGCCUUAGGUAUUGCUUCUCAAGAAGGUAAUGAGACUUGCGUUCGUUUAUUGUUAAUGCAAGGUGCAAGCCCAUUAGUAUCUGACCAUUGUGGACGGAAUGCUAUAAAAAUUGCUGCAAAAAGUGGCCAUGAUAACAUUGUUAAAUUACUUGAACAAUUUUGUCCUAUAAAAAACGAAAGUAACGGAUUUAAUACAGCUAAUACUUCUUGUGGUUCUGGUUCAACAACUGAAACUAAACCAUCUUCAGCUAUAUUAGUUAAUCCAUUAUUAUCUUGUUCCAAUCAUGCUCCGAUUCAUGAUUCAUCACCCAUUGAAUCACCAGAUUCAACAGCAAAACGAACAUCAUUUGUUUCAAACUAUAGCAAAUCCAGUUCUAAUUUGACUGAUAGUACUAAAAGUUCUCACCAAGAUUUACCAACACAAUUGACACCAUUGACUUUUACACAAAAAUUACAACAAUGUAGUCGACGUAUCAAGUCAAGACCCACUUCUAAAGUUCUAAGUCCUUUGCAGAGUCCUAUAUACGCAACACCACCUCACAGCCCCAAUUCAGAAGAACCAUCAGCUCCGAGUAUUCAUGUAUUGACGGAUGAUCAUUUCUCACGUGACACUCAUAUGAGAAUUAUUCUUGGUAAUAAGGCUGUGUUAAAAAAAUCGACAUCUGAUUCAAAUUAUAAUAAAAACUUGGGAAACGUCAAGCAAAAACGUAAUGGUAUUGUUACUAAUCCAGCUUUAAGAAUUAUGCCAGCUAUUCGUAAUGGUUUAGAAAUGGCAGCUGGGCGUAAAAAUAAAACACCUCAUUUGCCCACUGAUAGUUUUAAAUGGCGAAAAGAAACGCCAUUGUAAUUAUAUUUUUUAUAAUCCCAAGUGAGUUUUUAUUAAAGAGUAUUUAUUUUUGUUGUAAAAAUUUUGAUUAAAAAGGUUGCCAUUUUGUUUUAAUUUCAAUGUAUUAAUUGAAAACUAACUCAGUAAUAAAGUUAUAUAUUACCAAUCAUCCUUUAGGCCUAAAUAAAUAAAAUAUAUGUACUAAGUUAUAAUUUAUACUGUAGAUUUAUAGUAACCAUGUACAUUUUGUAUCAAGUUGAUCUAAUUUUGAUGAAAUAUAUUUUUUAUAUCUUUCCUUCGUUCUCUUAAGUAUUUGUGGCCAAUAUAAUAUAAUUAUUAUCUUUUAAAUAUGAUGUGUUACAAAAGCUAAGUAUUUAUUGAAUUCAUCUAUUUGUAAGACAAUUAUUAUUUUGGCUGUACAGAGUAAUUUUGUAACUUCACAUUAGAAAGAAAAAACGGAUUAAUUUGUACUUAGUUUAUAGUAUGGUUUAAGAAUAGUUAAUUUUAAAUAGUGCAAUCUAAUUUUAAAAUUAGAUGAUGUUUUUCAGUGUUUAAAACUGAAAUAAAUUUAAACAUCACUAAUCAUCCUAUAUACUUAAGAAAUUAUUUAUAAUGGUAUUUGUACUGUUUAUUGAUAAUUAAAAAUGCUAGUGAUUGUGAUAGUUUUGUAGAAGUGAGCAUUUAUAAAUUACUGAUGUAAUAAUUGUAAAAAUAUUUUCGGAUCUUACUGAUUCGGAACACUUGUGUAAUAUUAAAAUCCACUCUAAAGUCUGCAUUUAAAAUAAACUAAAGUGUAUUCAUGAUUGUUGUACAUCAAUCAAAAACUACAUUUCUGUAAAGUAUACUCUCUUUAUCAAAAAAAAAAUUUAAUUUAUUAAAUAAAUAUUUAUUUAAAACAAUAAAAAUUAAAAUAAUUGGUUAUAAUAAUUUUAACUUAAUUAUCACUUAUUGUAUGAGGUCAUAUAUUGCUUUAUAAAGCCAUAUACUGACAAUUAUACGUAUUUUUAAAAUUAAACAAACCAUAAUUUAUGUUUAUUUAGAAUCUAAAUACUUUAGCAUCUAAAUUUUAGAUGCUAAAGUUUUUUAUAGUAAUUUAUUUCUUGCAAGUCUUCAAUAUUGAGUGUCCAUCACUGUAAAAUAUAUAUUAUGAUAAUUGAUUGAAAAUAGAUAACUUAGCGUCUCUUUUUCUUGUGGUUAUUACAUUAACACUUAAUAUCUAUCGCAACAUUGUAUUUAAUGUCAGUAAACAAAACUACCUCAAGAAUGUUCAUGACAGUAGUUCAAAAUGCAUACAACUUACUGCAUACUAUACAAAUUUCUCUGUCACAUUUGGCAUAUUUGUGAUAAAUCAAAUAAUAUAGAUUGUAUUUAUUAUGAUUAUAAAAUCAGGACUUAAAAGAAAUUCCUAUUUUUUUACAACCUUAAUCUUAGAAAGAAUUAUUAUAAAUCACCAUUACUACUAAUACCACUGUGUUCGGCGUAGUGUGUGUUCCUUACUACUUUUAGAUUGUCCAACGAACAAAUUUUAAUUUUCUUGUUGUUGACAAUUUUUUUUAAUGUAGAUUUAUUGAGGUAUUGUUUGUAUGUUAGGUCCAUUUUGAGUACAUACACUAUAAAACGUAUUGCUUGAAAACUUCUAUUAUUUGUUAUGUUGGAAAAUUUAUCGUGUCAAUUUCAACAACUAGUUUUUGUGUUUUUGUGUUUUUUUUUUUUAUUAUUAUUUUUCUAUUUGCAAUUAAGUUGUUGGGGUUUGGUAAUUAUCAUAAUUUACCAUAGUAAUAUAACCAUAUUCAAAACCCUGUUUUAUAAACUACGAUGUAGAAAAACAAGUUAAUAUUUAUUUUUAUUUAAUGGCUAUUAGUUUUAUUUUACAUUUUAAAGUUUAAUCUCUUCCUACUGUUUGUAUACGAUAAUAAUAAAAUUGCACUUAUGUACUAACAAAUUACUUGUCCGUAUCAAUUUUUUUACUGUAUAACUGAAACUUAAUACUAUACUUAUUGUAUUUUUUUUUAAAUACACCUAAUAACUAAUGAUACAUCACAAUUAGUCCUUAUUUAUUUUAACUAUUUUGUAAUACGAAUAAAUCUUUCUAGUCCUCUUAUUUUUUUUAUCAACAUUAUUACAUAAAUAAUAUUAUUUAUUUAUUACUAUAUUUUUCCUUUUUUUUGUAACUGAAACAUUUGUACGAAAUAAUAACUUUUUUUAAACUACUUUAAGUUUCUAGUCAAUAAAUUUGUUAGUACAAUUUUUAAUGUCGUUUCUUAUGUUUGAUAAUAUUGUACAAGCAAAGCUCAACGGCCGAUUUAUAUAUAUAUUUUUUUUUUUUUGGUACUUAGUUUUGUAUAAUUCUAAUGUGAAGUAGACUGAUAGAAUUUUUUUAGUAAAGCUUGAAUUAUAUUGAAUUAAAUAAAUGAAAAUAUAUUUUAAACUA